AUGGCAUCUCUAUUCAGAUCACCGGUAUUCAGGCAGACUACUGCCCGAGUCCUUCGCACAUCAUCGCAGCCACUCCAGAGGUUGCAAUUCCAGCAAAUUCGUCGCCUCUCAGACGAAACGCGCAAGACCAUUGAUGGAGUACUACAGACUGCCCCUGUAGUCCUGUUCAUGAAGGGUACCCCGGAGAUGCCGCAAUGCGGAUUCUCGCGUGCAUCUGUGCAGAUCCUCGGGCUGCAGGGCGUCGACCCAACAAAGUUUGCGGCAGUCAAUGUGUUGGAGAACGAUGAAGUCCGACAGGGCAUCAAGGAAUACUCCAACUGGCCCACGAUCCCCCAGCUGUAUGUGAACAAGGAGUUUAUCGGUGGUUGCGAUAUCCUUGUCUCCAUGCACCAGUCCGGCGAGCUUGCGGAGUUGCUGGAGAAGGAGCAGGUUCUUGCUCCCCCGGAAGAGACGCCGGAGGGAGGUGAGAAGGCAUGA